GAUCCCUGAUACUCAUCGACAAACAAAAGAGGAGGAAAAAAAAAACUGGUCACAUUUCUCAGGCACCUGAAAACGUGCUGGUUAUUUUAAGACUCGUGUUGCUUAUUGAUGAGUGGGGAGUGUUUAAACUACUUCCACUCCGGUCAUGUUUUGAUAGUGACUGUACAUGGCAAGCAGCUGAACGCGACGGGACCUCUGUAACAUAGAGAAGCCCUUUUACAGUUGAUAUUUUACCACAGGCUGGCAUCAUAAGGUGUGCAGACGGAGAGCCGAGCAGCGCGUCUCGGAGAUUAUUUUGGAUCAACUAGAGAUAAUAUUCUCUUCAUUUCCUUUUUUUAAAAAAGAUAAUAUAUAUUCGACUUUUUCUUCGCUUCCCGGGUAUUCUUAACACCCCAGAUGCCCUGCGCACACCGCUGCUGCUCUAAGCUUUUGGAUACUCUCUUAAUGCCUUGGCGGUUCUUGACUAUUUCACCUGUAUCAACCAAACUCCUCGGUAGCAAGCAAAGGCAGUCAGACCAGAAGUAGACGCCCAGAAUAAAACAGCGAAGGAACAAGCGAACAACAUCGAUCAUCCAGGAAACAUGGAAAACAGUCCCGGUGGUGGUGUUAUCCUGUACGCCGGCUCGUCCGGCAGUGCCAGCCCGAGUCCUGGAAGCCCUUCAAGUGGAUACCAGACUCAGUCGCCCUCCUCCCACUCGCAGCCCUCAUCCCCAGAGGGUGUCUCCUUUCAGGAGAUUGGGCCCCUGAAGCAGAGAGGGGAACGGAGGAGAAGGACUCCUUCCCCGAAAUUGGUCUUCCAGUUUCCAGAAGUAAACAAUGCUCCCGUCGCCCAGAUAACCACGGUAUCAUCGGCGACCUACAGCCAUCCCACUGUGGCCAAAAGACCUUGUGGUUUCACUGGCACGUUCACCAAGACUGGAGGUAUGGUGCUUCUGUGUAAGGUGUGCGGAGACAUUGCGUCCGGGUUCCAUUAUGGCGUGCACGCCUGCGAAGGCUGCAAGGGUUUCUUCAGACGCAGCAUUCAGCAGAACAUCCACUACAAGAUGUGUGUGAAGAAUGAGAACUGUCUCAUCAUGCGCAUGAACAGAAACCGGUGCCAGCACUGCCGCUUCAAGAAGUGUCUCUCCGUGGGCAUGUCCAGAGAUGCUGUGCGUUUUGGGCGUAUUCCCAAACGGGAGAAGCAGAGACUCUUGGACGAGAUGCAGAGCUACAUGAACAGUCUCAACGAAUCAGCUUCCAUGGAGAUGGAGGUGUCGCCUCCUCCUGAUGCCCCCUGCAGUCCGCAGAACCAGACGAGUGAAGGAGCGGGCUCCAUAUCACAGUGUUACCGCAGCAACGUAACAAACAGAGACGAGAAACCACUCAAGAUGGCUGCCGGGAACAGCAACAUCGGCACUUCUCCCUCCUUCCAGAACAACUCGGCGCAGGAACCUUCCCUGUCGCACUCAGCAACCCAGACUCACCACACGGCUAACGGGGAGCAGCCGAGCUACCACGACCCCUCAAACUGCCCCGUUUCCUCCACCAACAAUGAAAACUCCACCAUCACUGACAACGCUAAGUACACCUUCCCCUCCAAUCAGAACCAGUGCCCCGUCACUGGCCGCCUCUCGUCACAGUCCUACCCAGCCAAUCAGAACAGUUACCCAGCCGGUAAUUCCCAGAACCAAGGUCCCUGCCCCUGGAAGCUAAACGGAGGAGCCAAAGUGCUGGCAUGUCCACUCAAUUCAUGUCCCGUGGCUCCGGCCAGUCGCUCCAGUCAGGAGGUAUGGGAGUCUUUCUCCCAGUGCUUCACCCCGGCCGUUAAAGAAGUAGUGGAGUUCGCAAAGAGCAUCCCUGGCUUCCAGUCUCUCAGUCAGCACGAUCAGGUCAUGCUGCUCAAGUCCGGAACUUUCCAGGUUCUGAUGGUGAGAUUCUGCUCGCUGUUUGACCCCAAGGAGAGGACGGUGACCUUUCUCAACGGGCAGACAUACUCGCUGGCAUCACUAAGGGCUCUUGGCAUGGGCUCCUUACUGGACGCCAUGUUUGAAUUCAGCGAGAAGCUCGGAUCUUUGGGUCUGGAGCCGGACGAGAUGGCUCUCUUCAUGGCUGUUGUGCUGGUUUCUGCUGAUCGCUCUGGUAUAGUGGAGGUUGGAGCAGUGGAGCAACUGCAGGAGAACCUAAUAAGAGCCCUGCGCUCCCUCAUCACCAGUCGGCGUCCGGAUGAUAGCACCCUCUUCCCAAAGCUGCUGCUACGUCUGCCGGACCUGCGUACCCUGAACAACCACCACUCUGACAAGCUCUUAGCCUUCCGCAUUGAUCCUUGAGUUUGCAGAGCUCAAACUUCCUGAGGUGUCUGCUUUGGGGAGCCUCCCUGCUCCCCGUGCAAGCCUGGCUUGCUGCGUACAGUUCACCGGCCUCUGCGUGAUGGACAGUUGUUGUGGGAGCUGUGCCAAGUCUGGUUCACGAGAGACCGAACUUUGGGGAAAAAAAUAUCAGUGAAGGAUGUCGGCACAGCAGGAGGUGGAGGCUCCUGAACUCAAACUGAUUCCUCCUCCAGCUCCAGGGUCGCUUCAAAAAAACAUUAAAACAUAGACCGUGUUCUUCCUCGCGUUCUUUGAGUCAACAUCAAACCACCUAGUCAUCACCCUCUCCCUCUGGGAGUUUGUGCUGGAGACCAAAAAGAAGAAAGGACCUGUUGUUCCUCACUAGACUUUGUCCUCCUGCCCCGGCCCGCAAAGCUAACUAGAGGGAAGCACAUACAGUCGCCCAGAGGGAAAGGAACAUGUACAAACAUUCAGCAACCAUGAUUUCUUUACUGUACAUUCAUAUGUAAAGGGCACCUUCCAUACAUUAAGAAAGACCUCUUAAAUCAAUAUAUAACAUAGCAAUAGAAAUGUCUAAUACACAGUUGGGAGGACGGUUUGCGUGUGCCGUUGAUACUACAUAAGCUAUUUUCACAACAUGUCACCAUGUGGGAAAUCUUUAUAAAAAUAAUCACCCAUUUGUGAUUGAGAAAUGUAUAACAUUUUUAAGAAAUGAAAGUAAAUUGCAUUGUAUUUGUAUGCGGUAAUCAGGGAGAAAUUAUUGGUCAUUUUAGACCACGUCUGAUGGGAUAUAUGUUACGGUGUAUUUUCUGUACAUUUUGUAUAUAACCUUUAUUCUUGGUCCUCAUUAGUUUGCAGAUUCUUGGAUAUGUAAAUGAAGUUAGUAUUGAAUUAUUGUAUGACAUCACACAUAUAGAUUGCUCUAAAGAGAAAGCAGCAUUUGAACCUGAGUUUAAACUUUUUAUUUGAAGAUAUAUAUAUAAUUGAAAUAAAUGUAUUGUCGACUGACUGCAUCACCUUGUGAAUAUUUUGUAAAUGUUUUAUGGUGACACCAUAGAGAACCAUUAUUAAAUAAUGUUAAACAAAA